AAAACGUUAGAGUUGCCCCAUUAUGUUAAUUAAUUUUUUAUGUUCUCCAGUAAGCACACACAUGGAUGCCCCCGUGAUGUCACAGCGAAGAAUAAAAAACCCUCCUCUCCUCUCCCGCCAUUAACGCGCUUUGCUCUUCAGAUCAACGGAAGGAAAAACACACACACAUUCAACCCGAAACUCUCAGUUCUGCUUUUCAAGAUCCACGAUCCACACCCAAAAAUAAAAAAGAAUCAUAAAUGAAAAUCAAAACGAAAAGAUCAAAAAGAAAGCUAGGGUUGCCAGCUGCAAUACUUCUUUGCUCUUUGUUCUUUCUUGCGGGUCUAUACAGCUCCACUUUUAUCUCCAACGAUGUCCCGGUCAUUAAACCAAGGUUAAGAAUGCUUGAAGUAGCGGAAGUGGAUCGUGACGCGAUGCCGCAUGGGGAUACUGGCGAAGCUUUUAUUGAAUCCAUCCCUUUUCAGGUUUUAAGUUGGAAACCAAGAGCACUUUAUUUCCCGAACUUUGCGACUCCUGAACAAUGUGAAAGCAUCAUUAAAAUGGCAAAAUCUAAAUUGAAACCAUCUACUUUAGCUUUGCGAAAGGGAGAAACUACUGAGAGUACUAAAGGAACUAGAACAAGUUCAGGCACAUUUAUUGGUGGUUCAGAAGAUAAAACUGGAACCUUGGACUUCAUUGAGCGGAAAAUUGCAAAGGCUACAAUGAUCCCACAAUCACAUGGAGAGGCAUUCAAUAUCUUGCGUUAUGAAAUCGGGCAGAAGUAUGAUUCACAUUAUGAUGCAUUUAACCCAGAUGAAUAUGGUCCACAGCCAAGCCAAAGGGUUGCUUCUUUCUUGUUGUAUCUGUCUAAUGUGGAAGAAGGUGGAGAAACCAUGUUCCCCUUUGAGAAUGGCUCUGCAGUAAGUUCUGGCUUUGAGUACAAGCAAUGUGUUGGUUUGAAAGUAAAGCCUCGGCAAGGUGAUGGACUUCUAUUUUACUCGUUGUUUCCAAAUGGAACCAUUGAUCGGACAUCUCUCCACGGAAGCUGUCCGGUUAUCGAAGGGGAGAAAUGGGUGGCAACGAAGUGGAUUAGAGAUCAAAUAGAACUGGACUAGGCAUAAGUAGAUAAUAUUCUGCGAUUCGCUCAUCAUCUUUGUCGGAACUCACAAUAAAUUUCAUCACUCAAUGCGAACUUUUUCAUGUAAAAGCAUUUUAACUUUGGCUCGCUGAUGUAUAGUUUAUAAGUGAAACGUGCAGAGGAUUUGAUU